AUGGACUGCGUGAACCACGUGACGAGCGAUGCGGACAUUCUGCCGUGCAAGUCCGAUGUCAUCCUCAGCAAAACGUCGUCUGCCAACUUCACCGUCGGCACAAGGCCGCUGCUGGCGAGUCACCGACGGCUGCUCUGCAUGAAUGUGAAGCAAACCAACAUGCUGCGUGUGCUGAACCGCCACGGCAAGCACAAUGACACGACCAUCAAGGCCGCCGCAGUCGCGAACCUAGUAUCGACAGAGAGGAUUACCGGUCACCCGACCCUCUUCUACGCCGUGGGCGGGAGAGACUUGGCCAUCAUUUGCCCCACCACGCAGGCGAACGGCGACAUCUCCGUCUCAUUGGUGGAGUCGAAACUCGAUGAGGAGGGCUACGCCUCGACUGCCGGCGAGUCGCAGCGGCUCUACGUGCUCGGCCAACAGGACGUGAUGGAGGUGGAGGAGUCUACCGGCAUCGUCAAGAGCAAGAUUCCUCUCACCCCAAAGACGACGGUCAAGUACCCCGUUAUCGACUACCAUCAGGCAGCCCAGCUGCUGCUCGUGCCGGCGAAGUCGACCCACCUCGACCUCAUCUCGACUCGAACUCGCAAGAGCGUGCUGGGCCGUGUCUGGGAGCCGCAUGAGGACACCGUGCCGACCUUUGCCUGCUUCUUCCAGCACCAUGCUUUCUCUGAGGAGUCGGGCAAGGAGCUGCUCAUCGUGACAGCGGCGCAGGGCAACCGCGAGAUUCGCUUCUGGGCCUACCAGAGCGACACCCAGAAGUUCGCGCUCAAGCAGCAGCUGAACCUCUCCUACAAGGAUGAGCCGAAGGAGGAGUACGAUAUCAGUGUCACCGCUGACGAGGAGUACAUCACCCUCUGCUCUCGCACGAGGCCGUACGCAGUGGUGAUCGAGACCCACCACACCCUUUUCAAGGCGUACAGAGUGACGUCCUGGCGCAUGGCAGGGCCGGCGCUGUGCUCGACGACGUCCGUUGGCAAGGUUACGGAGAGCGCGCAGAGCAAGUCCGUCAGCUACGAGCUCUUCAUCACAAUUCGGACAGAGACCGGCUUUGUGCAGUCGAUGCCCAACUCCAGCCGCCUCGCCGGUGCGUCGAACUUGGCCGUAGUGAGAGGCGACUCUGUGGCCAACUGGUUUCCGUCCCUCGCGGUUGGCGGUGCCGGUGCUGGUCGUGAUGCGACGUGUACGCCGGCUGGCGCGGGUGCCGCCGGCGCCGCGAUAACGCCCAUCACCGCCGUCUCGUCGUCGCUUGCUGGUGAGAUGAAGACAAGCAGCAUGUCGGAAACGGCCGUCGCCUCCAUCGUGCGAUCACAGGCGCAGAAGUUCUGCGAGCAGGUCAAGGUGAUUGAUGCCGACCUUGUAGGCAUGCAGAAGAGUGCCUCCGACACGAUGCGGCUGUUGCAGGACUCGCGCUACCGCACCGAGGCGCAGAACAGCGGUCGUACCUUCGCCAUCCGCAACCGCGCGCGCCUUGAGAAGAUCACCUCCACUGCAGCGUCCCCGGCAAGCAUGAAGCCGGCUGCGGCAUCUGUUGCUGCAGACGCCGCCGGGUCUGCUGAUAGCGAGUACGGCGUGCUAACGGCCGGGGAGCGCGAGCUUGUGCUGAGUAUCCGCAACUUUGUGCAGGAGGUGCAGGGCGGCAGCGCGGCCGCGGCCUCGGCAGCGCUGAAGGCGCUCCUCAGCAAGCAGCUCCGCCUCUCCGUGGAACGGGCGGCCAACGAGGCAGGCAAGUUAGAGAUUCCUACCAACGUCACGGGAGACUUCAACACACUGCAGUCGGUGCAGGAGUACCGCCGUGUCGUCAACGCAAGUAUCACGCGCAUCGGUGCCGCAACGAAGCGGUACCAGGAGCUGAACCGCACUACAGUGGAAGCCUCGUCGGCGCAGACGGCGACGUGCCUCGCCCAGGCUGAGGCCUUCCGCCAGAAGCUGAGCUCGGCGCUGCGCUCCAUGACGGAGGAGGUGGCGGAGGUGAAGGUGGCGCUCUCACAGUGCCAGCUGUCCAGCAAGGCUGCCGAGGAAGCGGCGGCGCCGCCGAGCCCGGACGCGAUCUUGGCGCGUGCAGUGGAGCAGGCCAAGGAGGAUGACUGGAAGGGUGCAUUCACCACUAUCCUCGCCUCUAACGAUAUCAGCAUUCUGCUGGUGUUCUUGGAGGACGAGGUGUGCCGGGAGCAGCAGGCUGUGCUCACCUCGCCCAAGACACUGACGCUGCCGCUCUUCCUGAGUCUCUGCCUGCAGCUUACCUUCGAGAUGCCGCUGCAGGCCGGUGCGGUACCCCUGCGCCUGCAGCUGUUGUCUGACUUCUACGUGGAGUGGGACGACUGGCUGCGCACGAUCCGGUUGCAAUCGCAGAAGGAUUCGCAGCAAGCUGCCGUCUACGAUAUUGUGAAACGCGAGCUGUCGACCGUGCUGGAGGCGCUAGAGGCCGUACCCCGUGAGCAGCUGGACCGCAAGAGUCGCAACAAGGAGCGCCUGGUGCACAAGCUCAUCUCCCAGCUUCUGUCAGAUGAGUAA